UUUUCUGUUAAGUCCUAAUUUAUUGAGCAGACAAUAGCGUCAUGAAAGGAAAACUAUUAACCUUCUUUAUGUUUAUUCUAUCAAUUUUUUUUUUCUCAAACGAAUAUGACUUACAAUUAAUUUUCUUUGGUAACAUAAGUGCACUGAACUCUAUAAGUGGAAUUAUUUUAAACAUCCUUCACAAAUAUUGAUCCCGGCAGCGACGCCAAAAGGGUCGGUGUCAGGCCGCCGCCAUCUUUGUUUUCCGGGCUGCAAAUUACUUGGCAUAAGUCUUGAGCCGAAAUUUCUGACAUAGUGCCAUGGCAGAAGGAAAUGGAGAUGCUGUUGUCAAGAAAGAGGAGCCAGAGAGUACUGAGGGAAGAUCUCCAGACUUCCAAAAAUUAAUUGACCUGGGUCUGAGUGAAAAAGUUGCAGUGAAGCUUGAUGAGAUCUACAAGACAGAAAAGCUACUCCAUGCUGAUCUGGACGAGCGUGCGCUGGAUGCUCUCAAGGAGUUCCCUGUGGAUGGGGCGCUCACAGUUCUGAAGCAGUUCAUGGAAUCGAAUCUAGAGCAUGUUUCAAACAAGUCAGCCUACCUGUGUGGUGUCAUGAAGACAUAUCGUCAAAAGAGCAAAGCGCAAGGUCCGGCACACCAGUCGGGCCAUGGGCCGAACGAAGAGAAGAUCAAGGCGAUUCUGGACCGGACCGGGUUCUCGCUGGACGUGACCACCGGCCAGAGGAAGUACGGCGGCCCGCCGCCCAACUGGGAGGGCAAACAGCCCGGCUCCGGCUGCGAGGCCUUCGUCGGCAAAAUCCCCAAGGAGCUGUUCGAAGAUGAGCUGAUUCCUCUGUUUGAGAAAUGCGGCGACAUCUGGGACCUGCGCCUGAUGAUGGACCCCAUGAGCGGCCAGAACAGGGGCUACGCCUUCGUCACCUUUACCAACGAGGAGGGUGCCAGAGAGGCAGUCAAACAGCUCGACAAUUACGAGAUCAAAAAGGGGAAGACACUGAAAGUAAAUAUCAGUGUUCCCAAUCUGCGCCUUUUUGUCGGAAACAUUCCAAAAUCUAAGGGCAAAGAGGAGAUCCUGGAAGAGUUUGGCAAACAUACAGAGGGUCUGGUGGAUGUCAUCAUCUACAGCUCUCCCGAUGACAAGAAGAAGAACCGCGGCUUCUGCUUCCUCGAGUACGAGACGCACAAGGCGGCCUCGCUGGCCAAGCGGCGCCUGGGCAGCGGCCGCGUCAAGGUCUGGAGCUGUGACGUCAUCGUCGACUGGGCCGACCCGCAGGAGGAGCCCGACAAGGAGACCAUGGCCAAGGUCAAGGUUCUCUACGCCCGCAACCUCACCUCGGACUGCACCGAGGAGAAACUCAAAGAGGCUUUCGAGGUCCACGGCAAAAUCGAGAGGGUGAAGAAGAUCAAGGACUACGCGUUCAUCCACUUCGAGGAGAGGGAAAACGCCUUGAAGGCCAUGGAGGCUCUCAAUCAGACGGAGCUCUGCGGCUCCAAGAUCGACGUGUCGCUGGCCAAGCCGCCCUCGGACAAGAAGAAGAAGGAGGAGAUGCUCAGGAACCGGGAGAAGAGGAUGAUGGGCAUGAUGUCCCAGCGAGGGUUCCCGGCGUUCUCUCCGGGUUUCAGUGGCCAGCGCGGCUACGGCCGUGGCGGCGGUAUGGGUGGCGGCCGGCCGCCGAUGGGCCGUGGCGACUAUGAUGCACCACCGCCGUCCGCGGCCGCCGCCAGCUACGAUGUCGAUUACGAUUACGAUUACGACAUGUACGGAUACGGAGAUUAUCGCGGUGGCUACAGCGACCCCUAUUACGACGAGUACUCUAACGACGAUUAUUAUUACGAUUAUCCGGCCAGCGCUCCAGCUCCCAGAGGAAGGGGCAAGCCUCCAAUGGCUGGCCGGUCGCGUGGGGCUACGGCCAUGCGUGGCCGCGGCGGUGGCCCGCCGGCGGCGCGUGGGAGCCCUUCGGCGAGGGGUAUGGCGGCUGGGCGUGGAGCGGCCAGGGGUAUGCGCAGCCGUGGGGCGCCCAGAGGGGCCGCCAGGGGAGCCGGCUUACCAGGUAAGAGGAAGUUCGACGGCGGACAUCAGAACCAGGGGGAAUAUAAGCGGCGCCAGCCAAACGGCAACUGGGGCACCAACCCCAUACCGCAGCAGCCACUGCACAAUAACGGCUACCGGGGCCGGGCGAGCCACGACUUCUACUCGGACUCGUACGGCGAGCAGUGGUAGCCGGGCGGCCGCGCCACCACCAGUGCGGAGCCGGCGGCCGCCAGCGACCAGCGACACCGGGCUCGCCAGUGGCGCCGCCAGCUGAUCUCACCGCAGGAGCAGGGAGCGACGCCAGAGACGGGUCGACACGUCCACACCCAGCGACCCCGGACGCGGCAGUAAGACUGCCCCAGGGCGGGCCAUUCCAUCUGAGCCCAGAUCAUAUUAGCUUUCACUUUUGGUAUAAAUCAUACAACAUUACCAUCCUUCAAAAACGAGUAUUAGAAAAAGUCCCUUGUAUUGGGUUAAUGGUUUGGAGCAGUGAAAUCCCCCUAGUUCUGAAUAGCGCAGUUGCAAAAACGAGGGGCUUUCUGUUCUCGUUGGUUCCCAUUACGAUUCAGCUGCGACAGUGUCUCAUGUGUGUGUGUGUGUGCUGUGUUCGGUGCGCGCUGUCCGGUGGUCGGACGCGAAUUGCUGUACAUAUUGGUGUAUGAGUGCCGCCUGCCUCUCUGUAAGUCAUCUCCGCGACGUUGUCCCGUUUUACGCCCGCCGACUUCAUCGAGCCGGCAGUUUCUGUUCCGCUGUAUUCCCACUCGCCGCUUCGUCUGUAGGAGUGGGUGGCAAUUUUAUCCCGCAACGCAUCAGCUAGGCUGGUAACCGCAUUCACUUCAUGUCUGCGACAAUACAUCGGACACACGGAC